AUGGGUCGUCCACGAUCUCUCCAUCCGAAAACCAAGCAGAACCGGCGGGCAAUGAGAGGGAACAAUGAUGGCCACCACGAUAACCACCAACGUCUCUAUUCCUCGCGGCAGAACGGCAGUGCUAAUGCCGAAUCGCCGGAUCUUAAUAUCCCCUUGAUCGACCCUCUUCACAACCCGACGGCUCUGGGACUUCCUGAGAUAGACUACGAUGACUUCGAGAUGGACAUGGAAGCUUUCGAUUCACACGAUUUCUCCAAUUUGAUACUGAACCCUCAACAAGGCGGAUUGAGCAUUCCGGAGAUGACAGUAGACUCCUCGAGCAUCGAGGAGCAGAAUUUGCAGCGCCUAUGGAGACUCCAGUGCACACUCAUGGAAAAAGUCCACUGGGUCGAAAGCCAGGUCAUGGCCCAGCAGAAUGCAAGCCGUAGGCCACAGACUCCAGAUGUGCACCCCCUCCGAUUUGGUCUUUCGGAGGCUGCAGACGCUCAAAGUGACCAUCCCAUUCACCAGAUGAUGCGUUGCUCACAAAUCUUUCUUGAAAUCAUCCAAUCCUUUGUCACAUCGUAUCGGGAGUCCGUCUGCAGCAUCCAGCAGCUAGAGGCUAUCAACCCAAGCAAUGCAUCCGCAGGUGAUGACGACGACGAGGAGGAGGACGACGACGAUGAUGAAAGUUUUCCUAAUACUACAGCAGAUGAUUCCCAGUACCGUCCCCAGCGAACGCAUUCUGUGUCGCCCCAGAGACCGCAUUGGUUCGCACUUCCCACUCCUGAAGAUCAGACUGGGUCGUCUGCACCGGGCAGAAGCACUGGAUGGCGUCGUCGCAAGCCUGGGAAGCCCGGAAGUGGCCGUGGCUGUGGGAAGUCUACGCGCCGUAGAGAGCAGAAUUCAGCACUUCCACCCGCCUGCCAAACACAGUUCCCGAUCUGUCUCACAAUAAUGACCUGCCAUGUUCUUCUCAUUCGCCUGCACCGUAGCGUCCUCACUGACUUGUACGCAUCUGUCCGGUCUCUCCUCGCCAGGUACACCCCGGCGGGUGAUCUUACAGGUCCUCUCGCCGUCCUAGACAAUUUCUCGGGCUCAGCGCCUUUCUCCAAUAUGCACUUGGACGGAUCAACGCUGAAGCUAGACGGCGUCCUACAAAUUACAACAGUAUUGCAACUUAGCUGCGACUUACUAGAACGUAUCGACAAAGGCGUUGAGAUUUUGUUGACAGGCGCCGGACAUGUUCUGUCUGCUCCGGGGAGUUAUUUAUCGACAUUUGAGGCGCUCGUGCGACAGGAGGCGCUUAGUGGCCGCGGUUCUGCAGUCGAAGGCAAUCGACUUGAUGGUGGUCGAGCAGCACGACUUGCGCCUCUGCGAAUGUUGGUGAAGAAAAUCCGGAAGUGUCUUAAUGAGACUUGCUUGUAA